GUAAUCGAUAUGUGGCACCCUAAAUGUACUCAUCUGUCUGGGCUGGGUGUGUCCAUCCAGGCCCGUGGGUUGCUUUCACUCUGGCUGGGUUUCUCCGGCAUGAGGAGGUCUCGGGCUGGUUCAGGCUGCAGAGUCGCUGUGCUGUGUACAUGCCUGGGCAUAUCCCAGCUUGCUGGAGCAUCCCGUGCACUUUCCCGUUCGUGUUUCAGGGGAGGGAGAGGCUCCAGUGGGCGAGCCUGUCUGUCUCAGCUAGACAUCUUUGUAGGGAGAAAGGAAGCGGGCUGCCAGGAAGGAUCGGUCUUUUUAUUAGCUUUUCCUUGUAAGUUUCCGCGCUCGGAGUCAAGGUUACGAUUGUCCGGUACCAAGCUGCAAAGCAGCGCCCUCAGUUUCUUCCCGGGAGAGAGAGGGUAACGGAUCUGCACUAGCGGUGCGAAGGGUCCGGAGAGGAAGGAAACUGGUACUGACACGUGGUGAGCGGGCAAGUCUGGACUUGCUGCAGCAACAUAUAAACCACAUGAUGGCAUUUAAUCUGGCUGACCUGUUUUCCACUGCCCAAUUCUACCAGCUGCCAACUUCAGAUAUUCAAUUCCAAUGAGUAGACCUCAUGAGGCAGACACGGUGUUAUUAAUUCUUUCCUGAUUUGCUGGAUGAGGUUAUGAGAGAAGUGACAUGAAGAGAGGCCCAGUGCUGUUUUUUGCUCUAUUUCUUGUCGCCAAGGUCCGAGGUGCUGCUCCAAACCCAAUGGAAUGCCAGGAGAGUGAGUAUCUGGAUGAGCACAGGAAGUGCAUUCCUUGCAGGGAGUGUGGCCCAGGAUGGGAGCUUUCCAAGGAAUGUGGCUAUGGUGAAGGAAGGGAUGCCCACUGCACUGCUUGCCCUCCAAGAAGGUUUAAGGACAGCUGGGGGUUCCAUGGUUGCAAACCUUGUCUUUCCUGCCCCCUCAUCAACCGUGUCCAGAAAUCCAACUGCACUACCACUUCCAAUGCAGCCUGUGGGGAAUGUCUGCCAGGGUUUUACAGUAAAACCCGGAUUGGCGGGCUGCAGGAUCUGGAAUGUAUCCCCUGCACAAAGCAGACUCCUUCCUCUGAGCCUCAGUGCAGCUCCAGGACUAGCCUGGUGAAGAUAACGAUCCCCACAGUAGCUCCCCAGGACACCGCCCUCCUAGUGCUAACCAGCAGUGCGCUAGUCAUCAUUGUGUUGGUGCUGCUGGCACUCGCCAUCAUCUGCUGCAAGCGCUUCUGGAAGAGCCAGUGUCAGCGAGUGUUUCUGAGGACCCAGAAUUUCUCGGCCCAGAGGGUGAUGUUCCAGGCCUCAGCCAUGCCAAGCAGGUUUCCCUGUGAGGAACAGAUGUCUAGUUCCUGCUGCUUGGGUGUGAAGAACCUGAGCCCUUGCUCUUGGCAAGCAGAAGUUCCAGGUCCUGUUGAACCAGUUCAGUUAAUUUCGAACGGUGAAGCCAUAGGCCUGCAGAUUCCGGCUCUCCAGCCCAAUUUGGAAGAGAUUGCUGUCAGCCCCAAUCCCAAAUCCCAGCUGGUGAGGAGCGUCUUGGAGACCCAACCCCUGAUAAGGAACUCAGGGUCCAGCAACUUUUCUGCAGGGGGCCCAUCAUCCUCAGAUGCCAGGCAGGGCACAGCUGGGUUCACAGAGGCCUCGACUCCCCUCUCAUCAUGUGCUUCGGAGAUGCAGCCUAGGUGGCCCCAUGCCCCGGUAGAAUGCACGGAGCUAGACCUGCAGAAGUUUUCCACCCAGGCCGAGUUCAUGGGCACCAAAAGCCAGGAGGAUGCAGAGAAACAGGUGGCUCAGAGCAUCUGGAGACAUACAGAUGAACUAACCCUUGAAGUUCCCCUGUUUGGUGCACCACUGAUAACACAAAGUGAACUUGUUCUGGAGGCUGUCAGGGGAUCGUCCUCAUCCUUCCAAAUUCCCAUUGCUGAAAGCAGGGAGCAGCCUCAGAUGAAUGAUGUCCUGAGCCUUGUGAGUGAGAUUAGCAGCGUCACACAAGGACUUCCCAUAGUACAGCUCCCCCACUCCUUGGUGCUCUCGCUCGGCUUCCAGUUGGAUCCUUGCUUGUCUGGUCUCAAGAAUUUCAGCCACGUGGGGGUGGCGCUGGGGGUCCCAUCCCAUCUGGUGAGCAGGAUGUCUGGAUUCAAGCAGCUUGUCGCACACCUCGCCUCCUCAGGAGACACAGUCACUGUUCCUGCCCUGGCCCGGGUCCUACAGCAACUCCAGCGCUUCGAUGCCUUGCUCCUACUCUGCGAUCAUUUCAUUCUGAGCCGGGCCCAGGGCUGCCAACACUAGGAGAAACACACAUUGCUGCCUCAGCACAUAUAGGGAGGGGUAACUCCUGGCAUAGUUUUGGCUGGGUGAACCUGGCAGUAAUGCAGCUGCAUGGUUUCCUACCCACUCUUGUGGGUUGUGUGGAGGUGGCCUUUGAAAGUUGGGGGUAGAACCACAGUAGAAUGAUGAGUCUGUGAAUGCUCACUGAGUAAGCUUUUCUCUCAACCAUUGUUUGAGUCCCACCUUGUGCUGGUGAUGGUUGGCAGAUACAUGUGCUACCUCCAAACACCACCUUUCUUCGUACAUGUUUAUAUUGACGCCCAGAGACCUUGUGGCCCUCAUGGUCACCAUGCAUGGCUACAGGGCCAUUUGCCUCCAUGGGCAGGUGUGGAUUUAUAGUGGACCCUCGAAGCACACAGUGUUGCCUUGAAUCACAUCUCAGCUGUAAUGAUUGAACUCAUUGUGUGAAGGGCUAGGUGGGGGUGGGGUAUGAAAAUAUCCCCCAACUCUAAGAGGGAGCUUAGAGGGUCUGGACCCUUUGUGUUGGAUUUCUCCCCUUCAGCUGAUUGUCUUCCUCUUAGAUGCCUGAUCAUCAUUUGUUCUCUCCCCAGCCCCCCCUCCCACACUUUUUAGAGGUGGCCUUCUCCAUUUGGCAGACAUUACAUUUUGCUGGCUUUCUGCUCAGCUUUCUGCUGUGGCUGCCUUUUUGUUUACUUCUCCUUUUGUGCGCCGACGAGGGGACCUGUUCUUGGAGAAGGAUUGUUUAGCUGCCACUCCUUUUUUUUUUUUUUUUUUUUUGCUGGGGAGAAGGGACUUAUGCGCUGAAUUUCUGUGUGCCAUACCAAAAUAGCGGUGUGUUUAAUUGUAUUUCCUGGCUGUGGAAUGCAACCCUUUUCGUAAAGGGAUAUUUCGAAUUGAGAGUCAAGAUUUUUUUAAGCAUGGUGAAAUUUGCAUCAAUGCAGAUGCCAGUGUACUUGUUGCAUUUCCCAGUCUUCUUCUAAGCACCUCUGCUCCCUUGCCUGAAGGAGCUUGCUAUCUGGCUCCUCUGUGCUGAUGUUUGGAGGACAGCACAGCACAUAUUCUGCUCUUCUGCACAUCUGAAGUUUUAAGAACACGUGACCCAAACAAAACCCUUGUGGGACUCUGGAUGUGUAACCCAGGGUAAGGGUCUCCCCUCCAUUGCCCCUCCUGUGAGCACCAUGGGUCUCAUCUUCUAAACACUAAAUGGAGACCACUUGGCCUGGAUGGUGCCCCUUUGAAGUGCAGACUGAAGGAUGGCUUGGUUUUCAACUCAUCCGGUGCCCAAUUCUCUUGCUGUAGGAUGCAGGCCAUUCCCAUUGGCUUCUGCAGGAGGUGCUUCUCUCCUAUGCUGGGAAAACAGAGCCUGUGGGGUUUAGUAUGUUACGUAGCCACAACAAAAUAAACUCAGUAUAAUAAUGGCGGGUGUCUCAAUGGCACAACCACUCUAUCCCCUUGCCAUGUUAAUUAAAA